UUGAAGAGUCCGAAAAUGUAGUUAGGUUGAAAAAUCUAAAUCAAGUCGAGGACCUUGAAAAUUUAGAUCGAGAUAGGUUGAAUAACCUAAAGAAUUCAAAGACAAAAGGUGAUCAAAAUGAUCAAGUUGAGGAACCAGAAAAUGAAAAUCAAGAAAAUCUAGAAAAUCUAGAAGAUCUAAAUCAAGUUGAUGCCGUAGAUUGGCACGAGUGGCUGAAAAAUAUUUUGGAGUUUCCAAUAGAAAAAAUUAGAAUACAAAUUUUAAGUCCAUAUAUUGCGAAAAAUGAAUUUGAGAAUGUAAUGAUCAAAUAUAUUAGAAAAGUUUUAAUGGAUUUUGUCCACAAAAUCAUCGAUAUUCCCGGCCAUAUUAUGUAUAUUGAUGUUGUUGAGAGAGAUUGGAUAAUUAACAAAUUAUCACCAUUGUUUACAUACUUCCAAGCGAUGAUUGAACAUGAUAUUGAACCUAUUUAUGAGCGUCUUGUUAUUGAAGGCAAUACUUCGAAUAAAGAUAGGAUGAAAGCAGAUAUAGUUGGUGUCCAGCUUUCAGAUAGUCGUCAAGUUAUAUUUUUAGAAAUGAGUGGAGCUCCAACCGAUUUUUUAAAAAAUCAUCCAAUUGAUGACGCACAUAAAACACUCCAAGAACAAAUUGAUUCCUUAAAUUCUAUUCUUCUAAAUUUUCUCGAUUAUGAUGUUCGAUUUGCAGAUGGAAUUCGUUCUCUAACUAUCCAAGGAAUUAGAGAUCAUUUAACAUUAAGAUCAAUAUUUCUAAAAGGAAAAGAUGACUACGUUGAUGAAGAAAUACUAUCUGCGGUUUUUCCGCUUAGCUGGGAUUUCCGAUUUCAAUUUCGUGAAAUAUUUGAAAUUAUGGAAUAUUUAAUAUUAUUUGUUAUAGAAUAUCCGGAUAUCAUAAAGGAGUUGAUAAAUCAUCCUGCAGAUUCUCAUGAAUUUGCUAUUCGAUAUUUUAUGAAUUCGUCUGAUGAUUUAAUUCAAAAGUGCCUUAUUGAAGGGCAUAUUAAAUUUUACGAAUAUACUCGCUUCAAGGAUAUUGAGUUGAUCGGAGAAGGUGGACAUGGAAAAGUGUACCGUGCUACUCUCAAGAAUAACGAAAUUACUGUCGCAUUAAAAUCAUUUAAAAGUAAUAAUGUGACCAUUAAAGAAAUUGUUAAUGAACUUAAAUUACACUGUAAAGUGGAUAUGCAUUCUAAUAUUAUACGCCUACACGGCGCUACUAAGAACGAAGAUCAACCGAAUUUAAGUUCCUCACCUUAUAUGUUUGUUCUUGAAUAUGCUGAUAGCGGUACUUUAAGAUCGUAUUUACGAAAUAAUUUUGAACAUCUUUCCUGGAAUGAUAAAAUUAAUUUUGCGCUACAGAUUGCUAGUGCUGUUAAAUCAUUGCAUGCCGAAGAUAUAAUACAUCGUGACUUGCCAUAUCAGCUUGCUUCGUUAAUUGUGGAUAUUAAAAAUGGUGUUCGAGAAACUCAUAUUGAAGGAACACCGUCCACAUAUAUCAAGAUCUAUUCAGAUUGUUGGCAACAUGAUCCUGAUAAUCGACCAGAUAUUCAGCAUGUCUUUUUAAACCUGAAAAAUUUAAUUACCAAUGAUAAACAGUCUAUAAGUAGUAUUGCUCAAGACUCGAAUACGUUAGAAAUUCAUGGGUCUAUUCGAUUAGUUGUUCAAAGUA